AGUGCAAUGUCCAAGUGUGUGGACCACUCUCGAGGAGGCAACAACUCAAUCUCAACAUGAAACUAUUCAUCGCGAUAUCCGCUCUGGUGGCUGUGGCAUCGGCCCUGCCUCAAUUUGGUGGUGGCAACGCCAACGCAAAUGCGAAUGCCAAUGCCAAUGCUCAAGGCUUUGGAGGAGGCCGUCCUGGCGGAUUUGGAGGUGGCCCAGGUUUUGGAGGUGGCCCAGGUUUUGGAGGUGGCGGAUUUGGAGGCCGUCCUGGCGGAUUUGGAGGUGGCCCAGGAUUUGGAGGUGGCGGCUUUGGACGUGGCCCAGGAUUUGGAGGUGGCGGAUUUGGAGGUGGCCCUGGAUUUGGAGGUCGUCCUGGAUUCGGAGGUGGCCCAGGAUUCGGCGGUGGCGGCUUCGGAGGUCGUCCUGGCGGUGGUUUCGGCGGUGGCGUCGGUGGAACGUCUUCUGCCUCAGCUUCUUCCUCAGCUUCGGCUGCUGGUGGCGGCGGCGGUCGAGGUGGCGGUGGCUCAGCUAGCGCUUCUUCCUCAGCCUCAGCGUCAGCGGGCGGAGGCGGUGGAUUCCGCGGUUAGACAAGCCAAAACAUAUUUGGGAUUAAGCGAUAAGAAAUGACUGUGAAUAAAACGUUAAUAAAUUAAAAUAAACAAAUUUAUUUGGUUCUUAUAAUA